UUUCGUUAUAUAACCGCACAUUUCUUUGCCUGAAAAAUAAUAUCUGCACUCCCACACACGCACUCUCUCCCUCACUUCACUCCUCGAUCGAGCCUCACUCGGGCCCGGUCACCGGAAUCCUCACAUUUUCGCCGUAAAGUCGCCGACUCUUAAACGAACCAAAUAAAAUGAGAGAAAUCCUUCACGUGCAAGGAGGACAAUGCGGUAACCAAAUUGGAUCCAAGUUCUGGGAAGUUGUAUGCGAUGAGCAUGGAAUUGACCCCACCGGACGGUACACUGGAUCAUCAGAUCUGCAAUUGGAGCGAGUUAAUGUGUACUACAAUGAAGCAUCGUGUGGGCGCUUUGUGCCUCGCGCUGUGCUUAUGGAUCUUGAGCCUGGUACUAUGGAUAGUGUGAGGACUGGUCCUUAUGGUCAGAUCUUUAGGCCUGAUAACUUUGUUUUUGGACAGUCUGGUGCUGGUAAUAACUGGGCUAAGGGUCAUUAUACUGAGGGAGCUGAGUUGAUUGAUGCGGUUUUAGAUGUUGUGAGGAAGGAAGCUGAGAAUUGUGACUGUCUACAAGGUUUUCAAGUCUGCCACUCACUCGGUGGUGGAACUGGUUCUGGAAUGGGAACCCUUCUGAUUUCUAAGAUCAGGGAGGAAUACCCUGACAGAAUGAUGCUUACUUUCUCUGUGUUCCCAUCACCUAAGGUUUCAGAUACAGUUGUUGAGCCAUACAAUGCUACCCUUUCUGUACAUCAGUUAGUUGAGAAUGCUGAUGAGUGUAUGGUGCUGGACAAUGAGGCCUUGUAUGAUAUCUGUUUCAGGACUCUCAAGUUGACUACACCCAGCUUUGGUGAUCUGAACCAUCUGAUCUCUGCUACCAUGAGUGGUGUCACCUGCUGCCUUAGGUUCCCUGGUCAGCUUAACUCUGACCUUAGGAAGCUUGCAGUGAAUCUCAUCCCCUUCCCCCGUCUGCACUUCUUUAUGGUUGGUUUUGCUCCUUUGACGUCACGUGGUUCCCAGCAGUAUCGUGCACUAACCGUCCCAGAACUUACCCAACAAAUGUGGGAUGCCAAGAACAUGAUGUGUGCCGCAGACCCGCGCCAUGGACGCUACUUGACUGCCUCAGCCAUGUUCAGGGGUAAAAUGAGCACAAAAGAAGUAGACGAACAGAUGAUCAAUGUCCAAAACAAGAAUUCCUCCUACUUCGUUGAGUGGAUCCCCAACAAUGUGAAGUCUAGUGUUUGUGACAUUCCUCCAAGGGGACUUUCUAUGGCAUCAACCUUUAUUGGAAACUCAACCUCAAUUCAGGAGAUGUUCAGGCGCGUCAGUGAGCAAUUCACAGCUAUGUUCAGGAGAAAGGCUUUCUUGCAUUGGUACACUGGCGAGGGCAUGGACGAAAUGGAGUUUACUGAGGCUGAGAGCAACAUGAAUGAUCUUGUGUCCGAGUAUCAGCAAUACCAGGACGCCACAGCCGAAGAGGAGACUGAAUAUGAGGAUGAGGAGGAAGGAGUUGGUGAGAUGUGAAGUUGAAACUGCGAGAGGGUUCUGUUUUUCCGGGGCUUUUUAUAGGUUAAGAUACCUGAAUAUAUAUCUUCUUCUGCUUUGUUUUGAACAUGGGUGAAUGUUUUCGAUGUGCGAGAAAAGUGUCUGAAUAGAGUUGAAAAUAGUGCUUGAGUUGAGUCGUGGUUGAAUAUCUGUAGUCGUUAAAUAUUAGUGAUGUGGGAGAUGAAAAGUUGUUUUGUAUUUCUUUUCCUGUUAUGAUUCUGCCUCUUGCUCUCUUUUCCAUUGAUAUGAAUGUAAAUCAAGUCUUUCCAAAUA